AUGGACUCGGCCGCUCUCGGUCUGCACGCGGCGCCGCACCUGCCGCCACGCACCGCUCGCAGCCCGCCGCCCCGCAGCCCGGCAUGCCCGCUGCGCACGCGCGUCGACCAGACGACGCGCUGCUCCGCGGACGAUCCUGACGGGCAGCCCUCCGAGCAGCCCGGCAGCAGAGACUACUACAUUGGCCGCAGCGUGCGGCGCGGCGGGUGGUCCGCGGUGCGGCGGUUUGCGCGCAGGAGGCCGGAGGUGGCGGCCGCGGUCGGCGUCGCGGCGCUCCUGGCGCUCGCGGACGUCCACCGGUUCCUCUCGUCGCUGCACGGCCGAGACGUCCUGGGCAGCUUCAGGGCGCUUGCGAGCAGCGACGGUGGACCCGCGGCGGCGCCCGUCGCGGAGCCGACGGUCAUUCUGGACCGCCGCGGGCGCGUCAUCGCCACGCUCGCCCGCGACAAGGUCCCGCUCUCGGCCGUCGCGCCCACCAUUCAGCAAGCGGUGAUCGCGGCCGAGGACCGGCGCUUCCACGCGCACGCCGGAGUCGACUGGCGCGGCGUCGCGCGCGCGCUGCUGUCGCUCGGCGCCGCGGGCGGCGGGUCCACGAUCACGCAGCAGGUCGUGAAGAACGAGCUGGUGGGGUCGUCGCGCACGGUGUCGCGCAAGGCGUGCGAGGCGUUCCUGGCGGUGGCGGUGGAGCGGUGCGUGUCCAAGUCGGAGCUGAUGGCGCGGUACCUCAACAGCGCGUACUGGGGCCACGGGAUCUACGGCAUCGCCGCUGCGUCCGCAGCGUACUUCGGGAAGCGUGCGAGCGACCUCGACGUGAACGAGGCUGCGCUGCUGGCAGGCAUGUUGCCGGCGCCCGAGGCGCUCUCGCCGUUCAACAGCCCCGCGGGGGCGGACCGCGUGCGGCGGCAGGUCCUGUACUGCAUGGCCGAGGUCGGCUUCCUCCCGCGCGGCGAAGCGCGGCGCCUCGUCGCCGCUGGGCUGCCGGCAUCCCUCGUGGGGCGCCCCGGCGCGUCGCCCGGCGGGGUCCCGCCGGCGGCGGUCCGGCGGAGCGGCAGUCCGUUCAAGGCGCCGUUCAUCGUGCAGGAGGUCAUGAAGGAGCUCGAGGAGGUGUUCGGGCACGAGCGCGUGGCGCAGGGGGGUCUGCGCGUGCACACGACGGUGGACCUGCCGCUGCAGGAGGCGGUGGAGGCGCUGGUGCUCGAGGACGGGGAGGCGCCGCUGUACGGCGAGGACCGCGGGGAGUGCGCGGUGGUCGCGACGCACCCGGCGACGGGGGGGGUGUUGGCCAUGGUGGGGUCGCGCAGCUGGUCGCGGUCGGCGUUCAACCGGGCGACGCGGUCGCGGCGGUCGGUGGCGUCGGCGUUCAAGCCGAUCGUGUACCUCGCGGCGUUCGCGGGCGGCGCGGCGCGGCCGUCGACGGUGGUGUCGGACGAAGCGGUGGUGUUUCGGCGCGAGGCGGGGGGGUUGGAGUGGGCGGAGGUGGGCGGCGAGGAGCUGGAGCAGGAGCUGCUGGACAGGGACGUGCGGCUGCAGGAGGAGUAUUUCAAGGAGGGGCGGCGGUGGUUUGGGGCGGGGCGGGCGCGGAGUGCGGGCGGGGGGGGUGCGGGGGGGACGUUGGGGGUGUUGGUGGGGUCCGGGACGGGCGGCGACGCCGAGGACGGCGACUACUCACCGAACAACUACAACAAGAUGUUUCGCGGGCCCGUGACGGCCAAGGAGGCGCUCGUCGACUCCCUGAACGUCCCCGCGGUCAGGAUUUGCAACGCGGCGCGGCUGGAGACGGUCCUCGGGCUGGCGCGGAGCAUGGGCGUGACGACGCCGCUGCGGUCGACGCUGUCCGUCGCGAUCGGCGGGUGCGAGAUCACGCCGGCCGAGGUGGCGGCGGCGUACAACACGAUCGCAGCGGGGGGGGUGUAUUCGCAGGUGCAUCUGAUCUCGAAGGUCGAGGACACCGUGAGCCGGUCGGUCGUGCACAGGACGCGCCCGGAGCGCCGCCGCGUGGCGCGCGCCGGGGCCGUGCGGGACCUGGACGACUGUCUGCGGGCGGCGGCGAGUGCGGCGCUGGGGCCUGCGGGGGUGGCGGACCUGCGGCGGUGGGUGGGCGGCGGGGGCGUCGCGGGGAAGACGGGGACGAGCGACGCGUACCGGGACGCGUGGUUCGCCGGGUACGUCGGCCGGGGCCUGUCGUGCGUCGUGUGGUGUGGGCGCGACGACGAGAGCCCGCUGCCCGGGACGGGCGCGAUGAUCGCCGCGCCGCUGUGGGCCAACGUCGUGCGCAGCGCCGCCGCACUACGCGCCAUGUAA